AUGUCCCGCAGGCGAGUCGCGUAUUACUAUGAUCCCGAUGUGGGGGCCUACAGCUUUGGCAUGACGCACCCCAUGAAGCCCCAGCGAAUGCGCAUCACCCAUGAGCUUGUUUCAGCAUACGAAAUGCUGCCCAAAAUGCGCGUCCUGAGAGCAAAACGCGCGUCCGCAACGGACAUGACGAAAUUCCACACCGACGAAUACGUGCAUUUCCUAUCAAGAGUCACCCCCGAGAACGCGCGGCAGCUCACAUACAACGGCAAUCAGUUUCUGGUGGGAGACGACAAUCCGGCUUUCGACGGCGUUUUCGAGUUCUGUUCGAUAUCUGCCGGAGGGUCCGUAGCUGCUGCACAACGGCUCAUGGAGGGGAAGUGCGACAUCGCCAUUAAUUGGGCCGGGGGCCUGCACCACGCGAAGAAGCGCGAGGCGUCCGGUUUCUGCUAUGUCAACGACAUUGUCCUCGGCAUCCUUGAGAUGCUCCGCUCUGUCCCUCGCGUUCUGUACAUUGACAUCGACUGUCACCACGGAGACGGGGUUGAGGAAGCGUUCUACACCACGAACCGUGUCAUGACGUGCUCCUUCCACAAGUAUGGGGAGUACUUCCCGGGGACAGGCACGCAACAUGACAAGGGGCGGGGGAAGGGGAGAGGGUACGCGCUGAACAUCCCUCUGAAGGAUGGGAUCACGGAUGAGGCAUACAGAAGCGUGUUCGAGCCGGUCAUCGACAAGAUCCUCGACGUCUUCCAGCCCUCCGCCAUUGUCCUCCAAUGCGGCGCCGACUCGCUCUCCGGGGACAAGCUCGGCUGUCUCAACCUGACGAUGCACGGGCACGCGAACUGCGUGCGAUACGUGCGCUCGAAGAACAUCCCGCUCAUGCUCUUGGGCGGUGGGGGAUACACGGUGAAGAACGUCGCGCGGACGUGGACGUACGAGACCGCCUGUGCGCUCGGCAUCGAGAACGACAUCGACCUGAACUUGCCGUGGAACGAGUACUUUGAGUGGUUCGGCCCGCGCUACCGUCUAGAGGUCCCUGAGAGCAAUAUGGAGGACAUGAACACCGAGUCGCUCGAUAAGGUCCGCUCGAACGCAUUAGAACAACUGUCGCGACUGCGUCCAGCUCCAUCAGUGGGGCUGCAAGAUGUGCCAAGGGCGAGCGUGGGGGAAUUCCUCGGCAUCGGCAGCGCGCACGAGCAGGCACCUCUAGACGAGCUCGAUGAGCAACUAGCCCAACACACCCGCUUCGUCUACAACAUGCAGGAGUCCAUGGCCCGAUCCGAGUCCGAGUCCGACUCGGAAUCGGACACCGCCCGCCCCCGCACGCGAUCGCGCGACAUACGCAGUGGCAAGAAACGCAUGAGCCUCCUCACGGGCGAGAUCUAUGAUGUGCCCCGGUUGGAGGAGCGCGAGAAUGGGUACUAUGAUCUCGGCUGCGGGCACGAGCCAUGGGCGAACGAUGCGCCCGCGCGCGGAGUGCGCAGACACUUCUUUCAGGGGGGAGCGAGGUGGGACCCUGCGUCGCACCAGAUCGUCAUGGAGCGGGAGCGGGCGGGGUUGAGCAACGGUCAGGUUGACGUCGGGAGGUUGAUGGCCAAUGGUGGCAGGGAAGAGGAGGCUGCUACGGAUCUAGUGGACGAGAUGGACGUCGACUCAGAGGACGUCCGGGUAUGAAUUUACUAACUUAUUCACCUAUAUUUC